UCAGCAGUAAAGUGUGACUGACGUUUAUCAGAGCACAGGUCACAUGCUUGUGGCACCUUGGGAAAUGAAGAAUAUGGCUAGCCCCAUGUGAAAUUUCAAAAUGAAAUAUAAAAAAAUCUGUUUGUGUUUCUGAAAAACGGAUUCCAACGCAGGAUUCUGUGGGAGAAGCUCUAUUAACUAAUGUGUUUUGAAGAAAAACACGUUUUUACCUGACAGUAUUGCUUUAAGCAUUAUCUGGGAGUCCUACAACUUUAGCAGGGAUAGGUCUGGACAUAUAUACAUUCAUUGUAUUUCUUGGCCCUGAAGAUUGUCAGGCAAUUGCAGUAGUCAGGUUCCCUUUCCAUGAGGGCACGGCCCUUGGAGACCUGUGGCGCUCGGUGGCCAGAUGGCCGGUAUGCGGUAACACGAUACUGCCCGCCCGAGGGCCGCUGCAUCUGGGGGCCAGAUGGGUUUUUUUGCACAAAGACGUACUAGUUGUUAAACCCAUCCACACUAAGAAGGCGGUCCCUGAGAUGUGCCGUUACAUUCGGUAAUACUGUUACAUAACAGCAAAGCCAAACUUUCAUCUCUCUCAGUAAGUUCAUGUACGUGUAGGCGCCCUUGGCUCCGGUUAAUUGAGUUCGCCCUGUACAUAAAUGUACUAGCCACUUCAAUUACUCUUUAUCAUCUAAGUAACUGCGUGUCAGAUCCCAAGGCAUGCCGAAAUAAGUUAGUUACAAGCCAGUCCCAGGCCGCCAGCUUAUCUUCCGCAGCACAUUGGCCCGCCCUCCCCCUCUCUUGGUAACCCCACAAAAUAGUCUUUUGGGUUAAAACCCUCCUCCCUCUUCAUGCCGCACAGCUCCUGCCAUAGGUUAUAAGGCGGCAUUUCCCUUGGUAAACUCUCUCCCCCCUGCAGCAUCUCCCAUUCUUCUAGUUAGACUCCACUAACUCCUCCCAGUCUUUCCCUUAUUCCUCUCCCCCACAUACCAACCCCUCCCACACACAUACACACACUCACACACAUGCCGUGCGCUUCCUCCUCACUAUUCUCAGUGGGUACUCGCAGACACCUCAAGCCUGUGUGAUAUGUCACUUGCAGGCCAGUAAGGUGCCCAGAGCUGACCCUGGCAGCAUGAGGAGCGCUAGCGCAUUGUGGGAAACACGGAGUACACUUUGCAAAGCUCAGCGACCUAUCUACCCCAGCAACUUUGGCUUCAGCCCCACAGAGUGUGUUCAGGGUGCCUGGCAUCUCAACAGCGAGGCCCUCUCUAGUACCUGAGCGCAGACUUCUCAGCAGGGGAGACCGGCUCCCAGGCAGCAUUAAUCCAUGGGAAGCGAUUUUACUUUUAAGAGGACAAUUUCUACUUGCUGACAUUCAUAAUGUCAAGAAAACAUCUACAAAGCUUUUUGGAUAUUACCACGCAAAACAAGGCAGAGAUGGGACCUCAGAGUAAUCCGUCAUCAUGCCCACAAAAAUCAUCUACUGAAGAAUUUUUUACUUACAAAUCCUACAUGAACUACUCUAUGCCUGCUCCCAGCGCUCAUAAUUCGGCAAGCCCAUGGAGAUCUGCCACAGCUUAUUUGCAAUAUGCAGGCAGUGCACUUAAUCAGCACCUAAGGGCUGAUAGAGUACCUGGGAUAUGUCAUAGAAAUGAAGUUGAAAGGACAAUAUUAAGGACUGGCUCACAAUUGCUUGAAUCUACAGAAAAUCAUUUCCAGGUCCAACAGCAUAAUCCUGGUCUAAGCUACCCAUUAACUCACCAAGGUUGUCCUUCCUUUGCAAUGCCAAGACCUGUGUAUAGGAGUCCUACCAGUUACUUGGAAGGAGCAUAUGAUACACUAGCUCUACCGUUUGGCAUCCAGCCUGGCUUUCAGCAGAUACCUUCACCAGCUGUGGAACGGAACCCUCGUUUUGCAUACCCAUCCUCUCCUGUUCACCUAUCUAGUACGAAGAAUAACCAUUAUUCUGGUCCUUUAGAGAUGGGAAGUAACUCGCACUGUUUUCCUCAGGGAUUGCAAGACCAGAGCCAACCAUAUAAACAAAGGCAUUAUGCAAGUUCAGCUUUGCAGAUGCCAUGUUCUCAAGGAGAGAUUCUUAAAGACUGCUAUCCCUCCUUUAAUCAUAAUGUUCAGAUGAACUAUAAUCAAGCUGAUGUCUCUGGAGAAUUGCAGAGAAACCCCGAGAUCACACCUUCACACCAGCAUCAAACUUAUAAAUCCAGUGCCUUCUACUCUAAUACCGGGGAAGUUUACUCAAUGAGUCAUCACCUGAUAAGGGACAUUUAUGGUCACAGACCUAAUCCAUUUGGCAGCAGUAUUGACACAGCAAGACUGCCUCACAGUGUUAAAGGAAUGGCUAUGUUCAAUGACAGGGGACUUAGAAUGAAUGUGGAACAUAAUAAAAUUGAGGAGAGUUUAAAUAAGAAUUUCAAAGGUGGAGAGCAACAAAUGCAAGUAGAGAGUGAAUGUUGCAAGAAUCUGGACACAGUGGGCAAGGAUCUUCAGUAUGAUAUGGGCAAACUGGACAGAGAUCGUAGGUAUGGCACAUCUCAAGAGGAUAACAUACCAACCGUAGGCCCCAGCUAUCCCGAUAGAGGGAUAGAGCAGGUUGCAUCCCUAAAGGAAUCUUUAAUGCAGAAGGCAAUCCAAAGUUCACACCGUUCUAUUCACCCUCAAAUUCAAAAUUUACAUCCAAUGUCUGCCCAGUCCACUGAUGUUCAGGAGUCUGGCGAAGAGAACUCCAAGGUACUUAGCAGCAGAUAUAAAACUACUGGUGGACUGUCUGAUAAAAAAUUGGAUCUGAAUCUAGCAAAAGAGUGUGCACAAAAAUCUAACUUAAACGAUGAAAUACAAAGUCAAGCAUUCCAGGCCACCUCACUUACGGUCACAAGCGAAAGUCAGACAGCAGAAGUUCCAAAUCCUCAACAUCCAGAGCCUACUUCAGUUAGUCCCAGCCCCAAGCUUCUCAUAGGUUCUGAAGUAGAUGAGAAUGAUGGUCGCAGUUCUCCUCCAAUGCCAGUGAUUAAUGAUGUAUUCAGUUUAGCACCAUACCGGGAAUAUCUUGAGGGUACUGCUCCUCACCCCUUCCCUACACAACAAGAAAAUAGAGGCAGUAAACUUACCAUGCCCCACUCUUCCCCUCAGUUAAACAGACCACGCGACUUUGAGAAAAGUACUUCACCCAUACUAGAAAGUGUUCACAAUCCUCCAAAUGCAGAUUUUUGCUCACCUAAAAACAAAUGUGACAUUACAAAUCAGGUCACAGAUUGCAAAAAGGUUUUUGACCCGACUGCCGAAGAGAUGGUACUAGAUUUAAGUUUUAAAAAAUCUCUUGACUCAGAAAGCUCACCUCAGGGCCCAAAUACAGCCUACAAUUCUGUAGACCGCAGCCCACUUAAGAGAGCAGAUAGUAUUGUUUCAAAAAUUUCAGCAGGGAGCACGAUGGCUAGCAUGGAUUGGUCCAUGCAAGCAACUGCAAGCAGCACCUCCCCUAAAUCCAAUGACAGUUGUUUCUUGCAGGAAACCGGAGCGACCAACUCCUCACAGGUUACAGCAGAGAGCACUUCUCUAUUGCCCCACACAAGCUGCUCCUCACAGGCUUCAGCUGGGAGCAAUCGUUUGUCCAGUACACGUGGUUUCUCACAGGCAACAAAGGGGAGCCCACAUCCAAAGUUUGGCAUAAAUUGCUCCUCACCGGUUGCAGCAGAGAGCACCCCAUUUAUGAGCAGCGCCUCAGAGGUCUCAUUGGGGUCUAACCCCAUCAUGUCCAGCAUGGUCUGCAACUCACAGAUAACAGGAAGCUCCCCCCUCAUAACCAGCAUGAGUAGCUCCUCGAAGGUGGCAAGUGAGAGCACUGGUCAGUUGACCACCGUAAAUUGCUUUUCACAGAAUUCAGCUGGAAGCACUCAUUUGUUGUCGAGCAUGGGCAAAUCUUUUCCAGCAAGAGAAAGUCUUAUGUCCAGUACAAGUAGGUCUACACAGGUUGCUGCAGGAAGCACCCCUUUUUUAAGCAGCACUUCACAAGAAUUGUUGGGGUCUAACCCCAUCAUGUCCAGCUUGAGUUGCAACUCACAAGUAACAGGAAGCACCUCCUUAAUAACCAGUAUGAACAGCUCCUCACAGGCAAAAACUGGAUGCGCUACUGAGGUGGCCAACCUAAGCUCCUCUACAUACACAACUGUUCAGUCCACACCAAUAAUGAACAGCAAAUGCUUUUCUUCAGAGGCCACAUCCAUGAGUUCACCAGAGUCAAAUAGUCCCUGUUUCCCAAAGGCCAAUCAAACCCUAAACAUUUGUUCAACCCUUAACAUUCUCUUGCCUGUUUCCCCAUGUUAUGACUUUACAAAAACUCCAGUCCCCAAAUUCAUACUGCCCAAAAAUAAUACUCUCACUUCUCCAUUGGCUUCUUCAGAACCCUCACAGAAUGCAGAAGGUAGGAAAAGACAACACUCUGAUAUUUCACAGGUGCCACCUACUAUGUUGGAGAAUGAAACAAACAGCUUUCACAGUUCUAAAUCAUUUAUGUUCAAGAAAUACAAAAUGAUGAAACUCCCAUCCACCGGAGGAGAGACACAAGGGGAAGGAUGUAAGUCAUCUUCAAAUACAAUGCCAGUCCCUGUUCAUUCACCUCCUGAAGGUGCACAUUCUCUGCCACCCAGUGCUCCUGAGUCAUCUCCUACUCUUGGAGAAGCAAAUGUAUCAUUGGCCAGUGAUGGUGCACCCACUCUUAAAGGUUCUAGGAAACACUUUACUGAACUGCACAAGAGAGUAUGUACAGCGAUCUUGAAUUCAGUUGCAAGGUCUCCCUUGGGGCUUCUCCAGGACUUGCUGGCCAAAAGCAUGGAAAAAGAAAGACCAAAGUCUCCAGUAAAGGUCAAAUCUAGCUCUAGAUCUUGUGACUCCUUAAAAAUCUCCCAGCAUCAUAGCUUAUGGUUGGACAUUGAUGGUGUUCGUUUGGCACUGCACAAAUUACUGUCUCUACUGGAGACAUUUAUGUUCACACGUAGAUGCCCCUUUCCCCAUGUAAUCAGAGCAGGUGCUAUUUUUAUUCCUAUAUAUCUAGUAAAGAAGAUUCUUUACUCUGAGUUGUCGGGGACAUCAAUAGAUCGUGUCUUGCAAAGUCACAAAGUAGAACUUCGACCCACUACUCUCUCUGAAGAAAAGGCCCUUAGGGAAACCGAACUAAAAGACUGCCCUUCUCGCAUGUUAAAAUUACUUGCUCUAAAACAAUUGCCUGAUGUUUAUCCUGAUAUGGUACACCUAUACUGGGAGGACUCCUUACAGAAACAAAUCGGUUCCCGCACACAGUCUGGGCUGCUUGCACAAAAAUAAGAAAUUGGCACUCGAUCUCGGUCAAGAGGAAGUUGCCCGCAUUGAGAACACCUUAGGAGCUAGUUUAUUAGAAAAAGGACACCUAAACGAGGCACUAGAGCAGAAAAAGUCCUCUUCCUUGGUUCUGAGGUUACAAAGGGUUUGGAACCAAUCAGGUGCUGAUGUAUAUAAAGCCCAGAGAAAGCACCCAUCCCUGGACAGCAAGACAGACCCCUCAAGGAAGAAACAACAAGUCUAUGGUAAAAAACUUGGAAGGAAACGUGGAAAGGGUUUUUACAGAAAGAAUACGAGGAGUCCAUGUAGAGGUGCCAGUAAAGUAUUUCCAGAUCUAGUUGGAAGGCGUAUCCUCCAUCUGUUUGAUGAUGGAGAUCGAGAAGCUUGGUUUCCAGGCAGAGUAGUGAGAGUUCACCGGCAAACACGAAGACUCCUUGAUACGCAGUUUGAGGUUCUGUACGAUGAGGAACCUGGCACCCGUUACUACUUAGAACUCCUUCAGGACUAUGAGAAAGGAUGGCUCCGAUUAGACAAUUAAACUGUUUUAUCUGGACUCUGUUUAUGGCACAGUAAAAUGGACAAAUGGAUAUUUAGGAAUGGUAGUAUUGCAUCUAUUUAUUCCUGACAUCUCCUAAAAGUCUGCAUUUUUCAGUAUGCAUCAUUAGGGUUUUGUUUUAUCUGGAUUCUCUUCAUGGCACAGUAAAAUGGA